GUUCGGUUCUCUCCGAUCACCUUACGAAUGUUUCCUAGACUUUCGAUCAUCUGCAUCAGGCUCAGUCUCCCUACACUUUCACGACGACUUACUGGGCCCAACAACGCUCGUUUUCUGACGUUUCAUACGUUUAAUCACACCUUCGCCCACAUUUUCAAGAAUGGCUGGCCUUAGCACAUUUAGACAAGCUCUCUCGCUAUCGACCAAACCACAUAUCAUGGCACGCCAAACAUCGACUUUCAGGCUCUCGUCUACACAUCCUCUAUUAUGGCGCAACUCACGGCUUGCACAGAAGAGACUAAUAUCAUGGACUACACCAAGAUCCAAUUCCUCCAAUUCUCCGCUUGCUUCGAAUGAACCGAAACCGAAGACAAAACUCUCCUUCCAAGCCGAGCCACGACUUCAAAUUUCCUUCACAUGCACCGUUAAGGAUUGUGACACACGGUCUACCCAUGAGUUCACGAAGCGGAGUUAUACAAGUGGCAUUGUCAUUGUCGAAUGCCCCGGCUGUAAGAAUCGACACUUAAUUGCCGAUCAUAUAGGAUGGUUCAAAGAGAGCACGCAGGAUGGCAGGUUGAAGACAGUAGAGGACCUUGUCCAAGCGAAAGGCGAGAAAGUCAAACGCGGACGAGUAGAUGGGUCAGGUGUCAUUGAGUAUUCACCAGAAUAGCUUUGCUUCCCAGGACCCCGGUGUAGGGUAAAGCUGUCGUGUGUAUGAUUAGGGUGGGCAGAGGGUCUGAGAGGUGAUGAUGCCGUAGACAAUACAUUUUGAAUAAUAUAAUGCAUGGAUGGAU